GGAUGGGCGCGUGCGCAAUAGUAAAGCUCGCGUGGAGUCGAGGGGCUUCGGUUCCCGGUGCUAUCUCGUCAGCUCGUCUUCCAGUCCGCUAGCCCCGCCAUGGCCGACGAAGACCUGGAGGCCCUGCGGAAGCAGAGGCUGGCCGAACUGCAGGCGAAGCACGGGGACUCUUCUGGUGACCCAGCACAACAGGAAGCAAAACACAGGGAAGCAGAGAUGAGAAACAAUAUUCUAGCUCAAGUUCUGGAUCAGUCAGCACGGGCCAGGUUAAGUAAUUUAGCACUUGUAAAGCCAGAAAAGGCCAAAGCAGUAGAGAACUACCUCAUACAGAUGGCAAGAUAUGGGCAGCUGAGUGGAAAGGUAUCAGAACAAGGAUUGAUAGAAAUUCUUGAAAAAGUAAGCCAGCAAACAGAAAAGAAAAUAACAGUUAAGUUCAACAGAAGAAAAGUAAUGGAUUCUGAUGAAGAUGAUGAAUAUUGAAAUCUAAUGUUUAAAGACUCAAACUUCUUGAAAAAUUUCUAGGAAAAAAUACUACUUGGUAGAAGUGAAGAGCCAAUUAAAUGGUAACUUUGCUUUCUGUAUACAUUUUGAGAAAGGGGCAAAUAAAAAGGACUUGUUUAUGUAAAAUAAAACAAUUUGGACAAUU